AGUGGAGGAGCACGCGGGAUUGAAUUAACAAUUUGACGUUCCUGUCAACGUUGUACGCUUGGCUUAAUUGUUUGCAACUCCAUACAUUAUUCUUUUUUCUUCUAUUAUAAUCUGCACUUCUCUGUUGUUCAUCACUAUACAAAAGAAAAUAUUUGUAUUGCUGUUAAUUGUAUCAAAAUGAUAGUACCAUCAGUAAGACUGAUGUCAGGAACACAGAUGCCACUUUUGGGUUUGGGCACAUACAAGCUACAGGACCAUGAGCAACUAAAACAAUCAGUCAGCUGUGCUCUUCAAGCAGGAUACCGAGCCUUUGAUACAGCUUCAGUCUAUGGAAAUGAAGCACAUCUAGGGCAAGUUCUUAAAGAGCUGUUGCCCAAAUACGGCUUAAUCCGUGAAGAUGUGUUCAUCAUCAGCAAGCUUGCCCCAUCCGACCAUGGCCUGAGGGCAAAGGAAGGCUGCCUGAGGAGUCUGGAGCAACUAGACUGUGAAUACAUUGACCUCUAUCUGAUUCACUGGCCAGGGAUGGAGGGUCUUGACCCAGAGGAUUCUCGCCAUUCAGAAUAUCGGGCACAGAGCUGGGCGACUCUAGAGGAGUUUCAUGCCAGCGGUCAGUUCAAGGCCAUAGGGGUUUCAAAUUACACUGCAAAGCACAUUAGGGAGCUGCUCGCGAGUUGCCGUGUUCCCCCAGCGAUCCUUCAGAUAGAAUGUCAACCAAAGCUGAUCCAGAGGGAACUGAGGGAUUUAUGCAUGGAGACUGGCAUUCACUUCCAGGCCUACUCCUCUCUGGGUAAAGGAGCUCUCCUGAGGGAGCCGGAGGUUAUGGAUAUAGUGAGACACUGUGGUCGGACCCCUGCCCAGGUUCUCCUGAGGUGGGCUGUGCAGCAAGGCAUCUCAGUACUGCCUCGGUCUUCGCAGCCAAGCAGAGUACUGGAAAAUGCACAGGUGUUUGACUUCAAGCUAAAUGAGACUGAUAUGAAGAGACUGGAUGACCUGAAUUGUGGGACACGCUUUUGUAAACGAGACUUCAGCAGAAUAGCUUAAGCCUGAAGAUUGUAUGACAAAUUUGUGUAUAUCCCUGUCCAAAAUAGAUGACUAACAGUAAUUUUGGCAUCCAAAUAAAGAUUGUCUUUG